UUUAAAGUUUAUUGUUUUCGGCCCGCGCAUUCCCCAUGUGCGAUACAAAUCCGACGAUGAAAUCAACUCCGCCGCGUUGUCUGCGUUGUUGUCCACCCUCCUGCAAUCCAUGCCUCUGCUGUCCGCCCGCCUGUUGUCAGCCAUGCACCGCCUUUUGCAUAUUCGAUUUGGAAACUGCGAUUUUCGACACACGUCAUAUAUAUCAGCGAGCAUGUCGCGAACUCCUUGCCAGCUACAAUAAAACGCUUCCGGAUGAGGUUCUCAUGCAAUGUGCGCCCAUGGAGACACAUGAGAUGGCCGAGCUGAUAUGCCGCAAGUGUGAGUUGCCCAUAAUGUGGGAGAAUUUCCUGGUGCAGCUGAACGAGCACACUUGCCGUCUAAUUGCGUAUCCGCCCCUUAUGGAGGGUGUCGAGCGUCUGAUCAAUCAUCUGCAUGAGAAUUGCAUUGGUCUGGCUCUGAUCACCGCCAGUAGCCGUUCGAUAUACUGCAAAAAGAUAUGCGGACAUGAGGAGUUGUUCGCAAAGUUCGAUCAUGUGCUGUGCGCCGAUGAAUAUAAUCGUCCCAAACCGGAUCCGGACUGUUAUUUGAUUGCAAUGAAGCUGCUCUGUGAUCCACCCUGUGCCGAGUGCUGUUUGGCAUUCGAUGGCUCCAUCAAGGGUGUUCAGGCGGCCAGAGAGGCGCACCUUAGGGUCAUUAUGCUACCGGAUCCAGAGUUACCCUGCUGCUGGUCCGAACUGGCUACAGAGCGUCUGGAAACCCUUAUCGAAUUCGAUCCUGUGGAGUACGGCAUGCCAUAUUUAGAACCACUGCCGCCACCACCAACAAAACCAUCUCCUGAAUCGUCUCUUUCGCCGACGCACAGUGCUGUUGAUGAAAAUGUAAAUACGGAGGAGGAAAUUGUUGCUAGCGGACAGGACGAGGAAGCGCCACCAGAAGAGCCACCUGAAGAGCCAUCCGCUGAAGCAUAAAUAAAUCAAGUUUCAACCAGAAGCUGGGCUCAUAAAUUCAUAGCUCUCAUGCGGAAAUUGUGUGAAAUCUCAUUAAAAUUGGAAACAACAUUUA